AUGCUCCAAGGAACGUGUCUUUGCGGGAUGGUGCUGUUUGCCGCCCAGAACCCGCCCCAGAACCCCACUGUGUGCUUCUGCUCCAACUGCCGGCGCUCUUCCGGCCACUUGGGCCAGCUCGUUGCUCCGUUUGACACUGAAUUUGUCGCCUGGCACGAUACCGGCAAUCAAAUCAAGCGGUACGUGAUGACUAACACCAAGCUGGGCAAGCCUAACGUCAAGCUCUUUUGCGGUAACUGCGGUUCUACUUUAGCGCUGAUCCCUGGUUGCUGGGACGGUAAGAAGACGGAGUUGAGACUCACGCUUGUCGACGAGUUUAAGAAGGACUACUUCCCCGUGAGUAAGUACAUGGAAGAGUCUGAAGCUGACUUUUUGAAUGGUAACCCACCCGUUAACUUUGUCUAG